AUGCGGUUUGAUUACUACGCUACCGCCCUUUUCGGGAUAUUUGGCACAGCCCUUUCCCUUAACCCCAAUUUUGAUCUGAUCAGCAAGCCGACCAAGGGAGAAACCAUUCAGGCCGGCAGCGUGUAUACCAUCGAGUGGGAAAAAUCAACGGAAAACUACUUAGGCUCCAUCAAUAUUUUGCUACAAAACAGCGAGAGCAACUAUGCCGCAGGAUACGUGGAAGUUAUUAGCCCCAAUACUCAAAGCGGUGCGGGCAAAUACAGGUGGAAUGUUAGCAGCAGUCUUCCGACCAGCGACAAGUAUUACAUCAAGAUUGGCUCUAUCGACGAUGCUUCUAUUUUCAAUCAGUCCCCGCUGUUUAAGAUUAAGGGCUCUAACCACUCGGCACACGCAUCUACGAUCACCGCGAGCCCUACCACAACGAUGACCACAAGCUCCGCAAGAAGUUCCCCUACGGGUUCUAAUAAUACAAGCUCGAUCUCGACAUCUACCGGUGCCGGCAGUGCGGCGACCCCAAUUGUCGCUGGUACAUUAGCUUAUGUCGGUGCCGCAGCUAUUGGCAUGCUCGCUUUUUAA